AUGGAUGACCUUUCAGGCCUCGAUUGGUCUGCGGACGCAUCGGCCAACAAGCCGAAACCGAUGGCUGUCAACCCUUCAUAUCCUCCAUUCCGAUCGUCGCCGUCUCCCUUUGGCACGGGACAGAGCACGCCUCUGUCCACUCAGAAGUCAAACAGCCCGGCGCCCAAGGCGGCUCCUGCAAAAGCUGCGCAAGAUAGCUUCAGCAACUUGAGCUUUGGCCUGCCAAAAGCCACCCAAAACCUGUCACUAGCUGAGAGACAGGCGCAGCUCGAAAUCGAGAAGCGGAAGAAAGAAGAAGAGAGACGGAAGCUGGCAGAGGCGCAAUUUGGAAAUGGUCAGCAAUGGGACUCCCUAGGGUCUCGAGGCUUCACGCCCAGCCCGGCACCGGCACCCAAACAACAGCCUGCACCCGUCAAGAGCACAGCAAAUGACGACGACGACCUAUUCGCGGCAUUCAACAGAGACACCAAGGUUGACAAUGCCAGUCAUUACCCCCCACCUCCGCCAGACAAAAGCAAGCUGGACUUGGCCGACCCCUCAGCAUGGGGAUCAACGGCGGCGGCCUCUAGCAACGGCGGCGCUGCUUUCGAGCCAGAGGAUGAUGAUCCUUUUGGAUUGCACGAGGUGAAGCCUGCUGCCUCAGCUGGAGGUGGCCGUGGCACCGCCACCAGCGCAGAUGACUUUGAUUUCUUGGGAGAUCUCGGACGGCCAGUGGACGAGAUUCGAAAGGAGCAACAGGCCAAACAAGAAGCCCUGCGAAGCGAACCAGGAAAGCCGAUUGAAGAUGACUCGAGCUCCUCCGACGAUGACGAACCUAUAGAGCGAAACGUUGAGCGGGUGCCUAGGGUGAACAAAGACCCCUUCGACAAAGCUGUUGCGCAACUUGUCGAUUAUGGAUUUACACCCGAACAGGCAAGGAGGGGACUUGUGGAGAGCGGAACGGGUUUCAAUGCCCAGGCAGCUGCCAACUGGCUCCUUGAUGAAGCCCAUAGGAAGUCCAAGGAGGCAUCGCAAGGUCGGAGUUCCCAGGGUAGAAGUUCUGCCGCCACAGGAAGCCAAAAUCAGCGUAGCGACAGCCGGUCUCCUGCUAGAGGAGAGACCGAUUUUGCAAAGACAGCUGCUGCCAUGGGAAAUACCCUGUUCAAGUCUGCCAACACCCUGUGGAAGACGGGACAGAAGAAGGUGCAGCAGGCAGUUGCAGAACUCCAGCAAGACGUAGGAUCAGACCCAACCCAGCCAAAAUGGAUGCGAGAUGCUCAGCAGGCGCGGGGUCAGCCGAGGCCUCAAAGAGCUGACGCCGAUGUCACAGACGAGGCCCUUAUGCUCGAGUCUGGCGACCCAAGAGCUGGUCCCCCAGGCCCUCAGAUUUCGCGAACAUCAUCGCCCGCCCUGUCCUCGGGAACACAGAGUCGGAAUAAUGCAAGAUCAAGGCUCAGCAGGCUAACGGCUGAUGAUGAUGACAGCUUCUCCAGCUAUGUAAGUGCCAGCAGAAGAAAGAAGGCCAGCCCAGCACCGGAACCACCAAAGAAGACGGAACCUGAACCCGACCUCUUGUUUGGUUCGCAAGCACCGAAACCAUCACAGCGAACUCCCUCUCCGGCAACCCAGAGACCAACACCAGCUGCUCCAAGUCGGCCUCAGCCUGCACAGGCGCCCGCACCUCCGCGCAAAGUUACACCCAGACCUACCAGACAGAUUCCUCCCAUCAGCCCCGAUGCAUUGCAGGCGUCAACAUCGCAUAGACUACAGGGAACCACGCAUUUCAAGCGUGGCGACUAUGCCGCAGCCCAUUCAUCUUACUCCUCGUCUCUAUCCUCUGUUCCUUCUACGCACCCCCUGAUGAUCGUCUUGCUUACAAACCGUGCUCUGACGGCCCUGAAAACUGGAGAACCUAAACAGGCAGUGACUGAUGCAGACGAGGCACUGAAGAUUAUCGGGCCUGGGAAUGGCCAGGGAGAGAGUGUGGCUGUGAGAAAUGAAUCUGGACAGGACGAGAGCCGUGAUAUGAAAGAGCUCUACGGCAAAGCCCUGAGCAGGAAAGCAGAGGCCUUGGAGCAGAUGGAGAAGUGGGCAGAGGCUGGCGCUGUAUGGAAACAAUGCGUCGAAGGCGGUGUUGGCGGACCUACCGCUGUCAAGGGCCGCCAGCGAUGUCAGGACGCCCUCACUCCGAAGCCUAAAGCUGCGCCGAGGCCUGUGGUCAAGCCUCGACCCCAGCCAGCUGCCAGCCGUGCACCGCAGAAAGACUCGGAAGCGGUUACCAGGCUACGUGAGGCUAACCAAGCCGCCGCUAAGGAGGACGAUGAGAAGUUUGCCCUUGCGGAUAAGGUUGAUGCUAAGGUAUCCGCCUGGAGAGAUGGCAAAAGAGAGAACCUGCGGGCUCUGCUGGCUAGUAUGGACCAAGUGCUAUGGGAGAGUAGUGGAUGGAAGAAGGUUGGGCUGCACGAGCUGGUCAUGGCGAACAAGGUCAAGAUUACGUACAUGAAGGCCAUUGCAAAGACUCAUCCUGACAAGCUUCCACAAGACGCGAGUACCGAGGUUAGACUUAUUGCUGGAUUGGUUUUUAGCACCCUGAACGAGAGCUGGGACAAGUUUAAAGCGGACAAUGGGCUAUGA